GCAACCACCUCUUGUUCUUUCCGUUUCUUUGCCGAACAAAGGAUUUCCACGCCCUUUUCAUCAAUUUUUUUCUUUUUUUCUUUUUCCCUUCCUUCCUUCCCUAAUUAAUCCCUCAUACCAAACACAUUGUCUCUCUAAUUCCUCUUUACAAAUGGUCUUCAUUCACAAGUUCUUAAACGUGGUACUUCCACUCUUGACACUCGUUACUAUACUUUUGUUUCUGCCACCAUUUUUUAUCUAUAAGCUCUUUAAUUACACCAUAAAAGCAUUUAGGCAGACCGAAAAGUUGGCCGGAAAAGUUGUCCUAAUUACCGGUGCAUCAUCGGGAAUCGGCGAGCAUUUGGCCUAUGAGUAUGCAAAAAGAGGAGCAAGUCUGGCAUUGGCGGCCAGAAGAGAAGACCGACUCCGGGCGGUGGCAGCGAAAGCCGUCGGGUUAGGAUCACCGGACGCCUUUGUGAUCCGUGCAGAUGUCUCCAAAGUUGAAGACUGUAAGCGGCUAGUUGACGAGACGGUGAACCACUUCGGACAAUUGGAUUAUUUGAUUAACAAUGCUGGGGCGUUACAAGCUAUCUUGAUCGAAGAUUUCACUGAAUUCUCUAAAAUCCGCUCAAUCAUGGACAUCAACUUUUGGGGUUCAGUUUAUUGCACCCAAUUUGCAAUUCCACACCUAAGAAAAGGCAACGGCAAGAUUGUGGUUAUCUCUUCGAUUGGUGCAUGGCUUAGCCCACCAAGAUUGGGCAUCUAUAGUGCUAGCAAAGCAGCCCAACUCUGUUUUUUUGAGGCACUAAAGGCUGAGCUUGGUUCUGAUAUUGGAAUUACAAUCGUCAGUCCUGGGCUGAUUGAAUCAGAAAUGACAAAAGACGAAUUUUUUUCACAGACUAGAGUCAAAGGAUUCCCAGUUGAGUCAGGAGAGAUGUGUGCAAAGGCAAUUGUGGAAAGCGCUUGCCGGGGAGAGAUGUACUUGACAGAGCCAUAUUGGUGGAGAGUCACAUUCUGGUUCAAAGUCAUUUUGCCUCAAUUAGUUCAAUACUAUUUCCACUUGACUUUAAUCCGUAUGCCAUGGGCUUCAAACAAAGAUGCUUAGCUUCCAAGAUCAAGUUGGAAUCUCCAGCUAAGUUGAUAUGGUCCCCUGCCUUGUCGUUUGUGUUAUUUAGCUUCUGCUUCUUUGCUUGUCGUUUGGUUGUAUUUUAACUUUAGUAAGAGUACACUGUUUGGUUUGUUUUUUUAAAAGGAAAAUUAAA